AUGCCUACUAGUAUCGAUGAUGACACAGCCCCUCUCAUCGCGCAUCGAAGGGACGAAGAAGAUAUAGAGCAGCCCUACUCAACCUUUCUUAGUAAAACACCUUUACUAUCGGAAACAGAGCAAGGGGUCUUGACCAGCGACGAAAGCUCGGUCGAUGAUGCAAGCACAAAAUCUGCUGGCGGAGGGUGCAUGGGCAGUGUGACUAGUAUUAUUGUGAUCCUUUUACUGGGUGAAUUCAUAUCGAAUGCCGAUUCCACAAUCGUCAUGGCGACCGCUGGUCCCAUUUCAUCUGAAUUUAACAGAUUGCAGGAUGCGAGUUGGCUGGCAACAGCUUUCGCAUUGGGCGUCGGCUCCGUACAGUUAAUUUAUGGCAAGCUCAGCAUCAUAUACGGCCGCAAACCAAUCCUUUUAGUUGCGUACUUCCUCCUCGCGCUAGGUUGUGUUAUCUGUGGUAUCUCGCCCUCCAUGUCGACCGUCAUUCUCGGACGAGUUGUCAGUGGAAUGGGUGGAGCGGGCAUUAUGGCUAUGGGAUCGAUUAUUAUACUAGAUGUCGUACCAAAGAGAGACCUAGCUGCUUGGAGAGCAAUUGUCAAUAUCUCAAUGACUCUUGGUCGAAGCAUCGGCGGCCCAAUCGGAGGAUGGCUCACUGAUACCAUCGGAUGGCGCUGGGUAUUCCUAACCCAAGCCCCCUUACUCGGCAUCGCCGCAAUCCUCGUAACAAUCUUCCUCCGCUUCACCCCCAAAUCAACAAACAUCCCAAACGAGGCUUCAAAACCCUCAAUCCGCCGCGUCGACAUCCCCGGCUGUCUUCUCCUAGCCACCAGCGUCGUCUCAUUCACCCUCCUAAUCGACCGGGGCGGGAAAGCCUUCCCCUGGACCUCCCACUACGCCCUGCUCCUCGCAGGCUCAGGACUCACCUUCCUGGCAACAUUCAUCUACUACGAGCACUCCGUCGCCCCAGAGCCGAUUUUCGGCCUGGGCAUCCUCCGCCUCCCAAACGUUUCGACAUGCUAUCUAAUCGGCAUGCUACAAAUCGCCGCUCAAUCAAGCAUGAUGUACACAGUGCCACUCUACUUCCAAGUCACAGCGAACGUCCCCACCGCCGUGGCAGGCACACACCUCGUCCCCUCCGUCGUGGGAAAUGCAAUCGGCGGCCUGAUUGCGGGAUGGUUCAUUCGGCGGACAGGUCAUUAUAAACCAGUCCUAUUCAUCGCGGGCCUCGUGGCGUCCAUCUCAUACCUACUGCUCUAUCUGCGCUGGAACGGGAACACAUCUGUUUGGGAAUCGCUGUAUAUUGUUCCCGGUGGUAUGGGGACUGCGUUUGCGUCUGCGGCGUCGUUCGUGGCUUUGACGGCGUUUUGCGAUCCUGAUGAGGUUAUUAUGGCGACCGGGGGGUAUAUGCUUGUUUUUUCGAUUGCGAUGACGGCGGGCGUUACGACUACGAAUUCAAUUUUGACGGCGACUUUUAAGAGGAAUAUGAUUCGGGAUCUCACGGUGCCGAAUGCAGAUAAGAUCAUUCGUCACUCUUUGGAUAACUCGCACUAUAUUUCGGGAUUGACCGGGGAAGUUCGAGAUAUCGUAGUGAACAGUUACGUUGGUGGAUUGCGUUCUACAUACUUGAUGUCGCUAGUCCUCUCGCUUGCUGGGUCUGCACUUGGGUUGACGAUCCGCAAUCAUAAACUGUGA